GAUAGAAAUGGAACGUUGGCAAGAUCGUGUCGCUGUUGUAACUGGCGCCAGUUCGGGCAUUGGAGCCGCUGUGGCCAAAGAUCUAGUUAGAUCUGGUCUAAUUGUGGUCGGUCUGGCCCGGCGUAUUGAGCGCAUCGAGGCGUUGCGGGAGGAUUUGCCCGUGGAGCUGCAUGACCGUCUGCAUGUCCAACACUGUGAUGUGGGUGAACUGGAUUCGGUGAAGGCCGCCUUCGAUUGGAUUGAGGAGCAUUUGGGCGGCAUUGAUAUACUGGUGAACAACGCUGGGACUCUGUUUCCGGGUCAAUUGCUAACCAUGGAAAUGGAGCAAUUGCAGCGAGUUUUGCAAGUGAAUCUAAUGGGGAUGAUCGAAUGCAGUCGGCGAGCCUUCCAUUCGAUGAAAUCACGUGAGGUGCCUGGCCAUAUAGUGCUCAUCAAUAGCCUUACGGGUCGUAAUAUAAUCUAUCCGCCUGGCGAGGAGCUGCAAUGCCUCAAUAUGUAUCCCAUAACAAAGCAUGGAGUCACAGCUCUAUUGGAAAUUCUGCGCCAGGAGAUGCGAGGACUUAAAACGCAGGUGAAAGUUACGAGUAUCAGUCCCGGUGUGACAGAUACAGAGAUAUUGCCAUCUGGUUAUGAUACUCUGCCGAUGUUAAAGCCGGAGGAUAUAUCAGCUGGCAUUAUAUAUGCCUUGGGCACACCUCCCCAUGUCCAGGUACAUGAGCUGACCAUCAAGCCGCUUGGCGAGCCAUUCUGAACACACACACACACAGACACACGCGGAGACAUACACACACAGAUGCGUGUUUUAUAUAAUAAUAAU